GCGCGCUCUGCGUGUGAAACAGGUGCGAAGCGGCGGCGGACAUGAUGGCGCAUCCCGCCGUGCUCGCGGGGCUGCUGCUCUUCGGCUGCGUGGCCAUUCUGCUCCUGACGGUUCCCACCGCGGACGUGAAGGAGACGCCCGGGUUCACGUAUGGGAUUGUUCUGGAUGCUGGAUCCUCACACACAAACCUGUAUAUCUACAAGUGGCUCGCAGAUAAACAGAAUGGCACCGGUGUCGUCACUCAGCACAGAGAAUGUCAUGUCAAAGGUACGUCUGCACAGACACGGGGAGGCGCAAGCCACCAAAUUCUACAUUUUUUUUCACGUUCUGUGUUUCUUCUGAUUAUUUCUUUGCAGUACGGUUUUGUGGGUCAGUGGUUCAGUCCUUGCAGGCCGACGGUGGGGGCUCUUGAUUUUGGCGGCGCAUCCACCCAGAUUACGUUUGAAACUUCGGAGGACAUAGAGGACAAAGGCGACAUGAUGAAGCUGCAGCUGUAUGGCCACGAGUACUCGCUGUACACUCACAGUUUCCUGUGCUAUGGGCGGGACCAGGUCCUGAAGAGACUGCUGGCACACAUACUCAAGUCCCAGGGUGUCUCGUCCACAGUGACCCACCCAUGCUAUCCUGCAGGUCACAGCAGAACCGUGGACGUGAACGAUGUUUUUAACUCUCCGUGCACCGUGGAGCACGCAGCCAGCGCUAACGGCUCCCGAGCCUCUGUGACGGUACGAGGCAGUGGACAUUACGGACACUGUGUGGGGAACGUGUCUGAGGUCUUCUCCUUCCAUGGCUGCUCCUUCUCACAGUGCUCCUUUGACAAAGUGUUCCAGCCCAACAUCACUGGCAAAUUCAUGGCAUUUUCUGCCUUCUUCUACAUUCACUCCUUCCUGCAGCGUAUCACCGGUAUCACCGUGAACACACCUCAGCAGCUGCAGGAUGCAACCAGCAAAGUCUGCAGCAUGACUUUUAAUGAAAUGCUGCGUCUUGCUCCAGACCAGAAGUCUCAUUUGCAGGAUUACUGCGCCUCAUCUGUCUUCAUUCAGGUCCUCCUGCUCAGAGGCUAUGGCUUCGACGAGAUGACCUUCCCUCGCAUUUCAUUCCAGAAAAAGGCGGGGGACACCUCAGUGGGCUGGGCUCUGGGCUACAUGUUGACGCUGAGCAGUCUGCUGCCGGCGGAGAGCGUGGGGCUGAGGAAGGCUCUGACACCCGCGGCCUGGGGAACGCUCCUCUUCCUCUUUGCCUUCCUCCUCACCACAGUGGUCGUCUUCAUUGUCCUCCAAGCUCGUGGCAGGAAGAAUGGAGGCACCGAAAGCACAAUUUAGCUCCUCUGGCGUCUUCAAACUUCCUCAGGAAGUUUGAAGACAGUGAUGUGUUUUUGUUUUUAUUUUGUUUUUUUUCCCCACAAAUGUGAGAUGAAACAGUUCUGAGCUCUUAAGUGCUGAUUUUCACAUCAGUAUAAAGAAUCAAUCAAAAAACAAUAAAUGCUCUCAUCUUCUAACUCACCAAAUUAAAAGGGCAAAUUAUGAGGAUAAACUGAUGUUUGAUGCACCAAGUCUAUGCCGUAGACCUGACUGCCACACUUACUGGACAUUUCUGGAAUUGUUGCAAGGAAUAACGUUGAUGAUGGAAAUUAGGAGCAGGUGUGGUCCAAUUUGCAUGCAUCUUGUCUUCUAUUUGCUGGCCAUGUCUAGAAUUGUUCCAAGAAAUAAUCUUAUCACAUGCAUGAUGG